GACGGCAGGCGAAAGAGCAAUUUGGGCAGGUAUUUUCCAGCAACGGACUAAAGUUUCUCUGGCUUUUCCAAACGCUUGUUUCGUGUCAUCUGUUGUUUGUGUCAUCUGUUGUUGAGCCUGUGCUGUCAUAAAUACCUUUCUCUUGACUCGCCCCACCAUCUCAGAGAAAUCAACCUACAUCUACAGUCCGCACUCAUCCAGCUCGAUAGGUAGAUAUGCUACAGGAAAAGGCAGGCUCAUUUCUGAUAUGCUUGGCAAAAUCGCUGGUUUCAGGUCAAGGGCUUCUCAAGAGGAUUUGGCAAAACCUGUUCUUUCAAAGGGUGUAAUUAACUGGACUAAGCUUUCAGUUAAACCUGAACCCUGGCCCCCUAAAAGGAGUCAAAAGCAUCCAAACCUGUUCUGCAAAGUCUUUAUUUGAGGUAUUAGAUGCCGCCCACCCAAAUAAAGGUAACUGGUUAGGAAUGGAUCUGGAUGGUUGGAAAACAAAAGAAACUGGAAGGAAACCAGGAGGCAUACUGUUACAGAGGACAGUUAACUGAUUCACUAGAGCAAAAACCAGUCAAAGUCUAAUGUAAUGAUUUGUACUGUUUGUACAACUAUUCUGUAGUUGUGUAACUAUUUGCACCAUCUCUAGCUGACAGGCACUCCUUGAUCGGACUGGAUUUUAUAAGUUCCUUUGUAAUCACUUCAGAAAACUUCUUACAAGGAAAUGAAUUGGAUGGAUUUUCUUUCCAUAUUGUUCCUGUUUGUCCUUAUGGCAAUGCUUCUUUUGAAAAUGAGCGGUUUCUGGAAUAGCAAUGGCCGAGAUUUUCCCCCAGGACCAAGACCAUUACCGCUUAUUGGAAAUCUCCACCUCAUAGAUCUAAAGAGACCUUACAGAACCAUGGCCAAGUUAUCCAAACAGUAUGGGCCUGUCUUCAGCAUUCAAAUGGGAUUCCAGAAAAUGGUAGUGCUGGCCGGUUAUGAGACUGUAAAGGAGGCUUUGGUGAACCAGGCCGAUGCUUUUGCAGGGCGGCCCGUCGUCCCACUUUUUGAAGAAUUUAUGAAGGGUCAUGGUAUUAUUUUCGCUCGUGGUGAGAACUGGAAAGUGAUGCGGCGGUUUACAUUAACCACCUUACGGGACUAUGGAAUGGGCAAAAAGACCAUUGAAGACAGGAUUGUUGAAGAGUGCAGUUUCUUAAUACACAGAUUUAAAUCUUAUGAAGGAAAACCAUUUGAAACCACUACAAUUAUGAAUGGUGCCGUUGCCAACAUUAUAGUGUCCAUAUUACUUGGCAAACGAUUUGAAUAUGAAGAUCCCACAUUUAUAAGACUACUGAGCCUGAUCAAUGAAAAUGUCCGGCUUUUUGGAAGCCCUUCAGUCCUGCUGUAUAACAUAUUUCCUCCUCUGGGCUUCCUCGUUGGCGCCCGCAAGACUGUCCUGAAUAACAGAGACGAACUGCACGCCUUCAUACAGGCCACCUUCAUAGAACACCUCAAGGAGCUAGAUGCAAAUGACCAGAGAAGCUUGAUCGAUUCAUUUCUUAUCCGGCAGCAAGAGGAGAAGAACAAGACCAAUGGGUUUUUCCAUAAUGAAAACCUUAAGUCAUUGGUGGCUAACUUAUUUGGUGCUGGCACCGAGACCACUUCAACAACACUACGCUGGGGCUUAUUGUUAAUGAUGAAGUACCCUGAAAUCCAGAGUAAAGUCCAAGAAGAAAUCGCCCAAGUGGUUGGGUCUGCUCAGCCACGGACAGAACACCGUGCAAAAAUGCCAUACACGGACGCUGUGAUCCAUGAAGUUCAGAGGUUUGCUAAUAUCAUCCCUACAAACGUGCCACACGCAACCACUGCGGAUGUCACUUUUAAAGGCUACUUCAUUCCCAAGGGAACUUACAUCAUGCCAUUACUGUGCUCUGUGCUGCAAGAGGAGUCUCAAUGGGAGAAACCACUGGCAUUCUGUCCUGAGCAUUUUCUGGACUCUAGUGGAAAGUUUGUAAAGAGAGAUGCAUUCAUGCCUUUCUCUGCAGGACGGAGAAUGUGUGCAGGGGAAACCCUUGCCAAAAUGGAGCUUUUCUUGUUCUUUACAAGCCUCCUCCAGAGAUUCACUUUCCAGCCACCCCCUGGAAUAUCUAAAGAGGACCUGGACUUUACACCCUUGGUUGGGUUUACGACGCCUCCAGUACCUUACCUGUGCUGUGCUUUGUCACGUUCAUAACAUCCAACUCCCUGUCUUGCUUGGCCUCAGUCUUUGCUGCACUGUCUUGCCUCCUGAAGACCUUUCAGGGAAAUAGACUCAGAGAAAUCAGCUUUUAGGAUUAGAUCCAGCCACCCUUUUCACUCAGUCCUGCUCAAUUCCCCUUUUUAUUUCAUUCUUAGUCCCAUGUGACUUUAAUCCAUGCAGGUCCCCUGAUUCCCGACAUAGUCUUUUGGGUGGUCAAAGUGGAGCCCUUUUCACUAGUGGAAAAGCUGGUUGGAAUCCAGCCCAAAGACACAUACUUUAGCAUCCCAUGUACCGAUGUGCCAGAUCCUAUCAAGUCACUCUGAGACAUUGCUUAACUCGAAAUUUGGACAUCAUCAUGACUUGACACAUAGACCUUGGUUCUUGUUUUAUUUGAUGUGCAGAGUAAACCAACAAUGAUUGUAUGUACUGCUUUUCUUAUAUUCACACAUUAAUGAGGCCUUUGAAUGAACAGAACAACCAGGUUGAGCUAAACCUGCAUCUACUUACAAGCAAGAGACAACAACAGAAAACAAAUAUAUUUAAUUUUCAAUAUAGCUUCAACACCAGUUUUUGAAAGGAAAAAAAACCCCUUCAUAACGUACAAAAGCCACUAAAUUUGCUCACCUGUUCAACUAAUUCUGGAACCUGUUUGAGUGGUUAUAUUGCUUUAUACUGAUUAUAUAAAUCAAAGAUUGCAGCCCAUUGAACAAGUCAGCAAACGCAAGUUGGUGCUGGAAAUUAAGUAUACUCUUUUGUGUGUCCCCCGCCCUUUUUUUUUCUUGUUUCCAUCCAGUGUGUGUGUGUGUGUGUGUGUGUGUGUGUGAGAGAGAGAGAGAGAGAGAGAGAACUAUCUAUGAACACACAUGAGGCUGCCUUAUUACUGAGGACUGAACCUGGGACCUUCUGCAUGCUAAGCAGAUACUCUACCACUGAGCCACAACCCUUCCCCCAACUCAGAGGGUGAUAUAGGGCACAUUUCUAUCUUUUAGUGUCAUUUCUGUCUUUUAUUCAUAUUAAUGUGAUCCUUUCUACAUAUUUAUGAAGCAAAUAUGAUUUCAAUGAUCAAGCACUGUAAUACUGAAACCAAUAUCAAUAUUAGUCAUAAUAAAAAUAAUUCUGUGGUAUAAAAAUUUA